CCAAGAGGCAACAGAAAACAUGGUGCAUCAUUUAUCAUCACUAGAGCAAUUACAGGUCCUGCAUUGUUUGUGCUCCGAUACAUCUGGUACAGCCCUGCAAAGUUUUCUCUUCCCACUGGACUGGUUCGUCUAGUUAGUAAGCAGAUCAAUUGGCACCUAGUACUUGCAAGCAAUGGUAAACUGUUGGCAGUUGUUCAAGACCAAUGUGUAGAAAUCAGGUCUGCUAAAGAUGACUUUGGAUCCAUAGUUGGAAAAUGUCAAGUGCCAAAGGAUCCUAACCCUCAGUGGAGACGAGUGGCGUGGAGUCAUGAUUGUACGUUACUUGCUUAUGCUGAAAGCACUGGAACAGUGAGAGUGUUUGACUUAAUGGGUAGUGAGCUUUUGGUCAUUACACCGACAGCAAGUUUUCCAGGGGAUCUGAGUUAUGCUAUUGCUGGAUUGAUCUUUCUAGAAUAUAAAGCAAGUGCCCAAUGGUCAGCUGAACUGCUUGUCAUUAAUUAUCGUGGAGAACUGAGAAGUUAUCUUGUAAGUGUUGGAACAAAUCAAAGCUUUCAAGAAAGUCAUAGUUUCAGCUUUAGCACUCAUUAUGCCCAUGGAAUAACUACUGUAAUUUAUCAUCCUGGUCACAGACUUCUGCUUGUAGGAGGCUGUGAAACAGAUGAAGAUGGAGUAUCUAAAGCAGCUGGUUGUGGGAUAUCUGCUUGGAGAGUUCUGUCAGGCUCUCCCCAUUAUAAACAGGUCACUAGCUAUGAAGAUGACAUUAGAACAGUAAGUAUAAAAGGAUUAUUCAGGAUUAUGAAUUUAAGAUUUUACAGCAGACGGGGAACGGAACAGGAUGGAGUUUUCAAGAUGAAUCUUUCUCCUGAUGGAGCUCUUCUGGCAGCUAUUCAUUUCUCAGGAAAACUGACAAUCUGGUCUAUUCCAUCUCUCAGACAACAAGGAGAAUGGGACCAAACUGAUCAGCCGGGUUAUGAUGACAUCAACCCAGACUGGAGACUCUCUAGUGAAAAAAGAAAGAAAAUAAAAGAUAAAGAAGCCUAUUACCCAUUGAUAGACGUAAAUUGGUGGGCAGAUAAUUCUGUCAUCCUGGCUCGCUGCUCUGGUGCAUUGACUGUGUCAUCAGCGAAGACGCUAAGAAACUUGCUUGGAAAGUCAUGUGAAUGGUUUGAGAGUUCUCCUCAGGUCACUUCAGCUCACGAUGGAGGAUUUCUAAGUCUGGAGUGUGAGAUAAAACUCGUUCCAAAAAGAUUACGCUUGGAGAGCAGGCCUGGUGAUGAAGAUGAGGGAGAAGAUGACUCUGACUCAGAUGAUGAAACUUCUGCUAAGGACAGAUACUUCAGCUACCUAAAGCAAGGCCUGUACUUUGUGACCGAAAUGGAACGAUUUGCACCUCCACGGAAACGUCCACGUACUAUUACAAAGAAUUUCCGCCUUGUCAGUUUGAGAUCCACAACUCCAGAGGAGCUGUACCAGAGAAAAAUUGAUAAUGAAGAAUAUGGGGAAGCUUUGUCUUUGGCUCAAGCAUAUGGCCUUGAUUCUGAUCUUGUGUAUCAAAGACAGUGGAGGAAGUCAGCUGUUAACGUCGCUUCAAUUCAAGACUACUUGAGCAAAAUUAAGAAGCGUGCAUGGGUUCUUCAUGAGUGCUUGGAAAGAGUUCCAGAGAAUGUGGAUGCUGCUAAGAAGCUGCUGCAAUAUGGCUUGAAAGGCACAGACUUGGAGGCUCUUGUGGCCAUAGGAAAAGGAGAAGAUGGCGGCAGAUUUAUCUUACCGGGUGAGGUGGACAUUGAAAUUCCCUAUGAAGACUUUUUGUCACCAGAUGAGGAAAUGGAUACUAGAAAGGAAAAAGAGGCCAGGAAGCAUCAAGAACUGCUAUUAUCAGUAAACUUCUCAAAGCUGUCACUGGAACAAAAAGAACUCUGCCGUAGCCGGCUGAAGCUGUUAACUUACCUUGAUCGCCUUGAAACCUACAAGGAAAUCCUUGGAGGGCCUCAUGCAGCUGAACAGCACUAUGAUGGUGAAUUCUUCAAGAAGUUCAGAAAUCAGAAUAUUGUACUUUCAGCAAGAACUUAUGCUCGGGAAAGCAAUGUCGGAGCCCUGGAAAUUUUGUUUACUUUCCAUGGAUCAGCUUUACUGCCACACAGACAGGCAAUUCUCUCCAAUUUUCCAGAGACUACUUCCCCACAUGAAUAUGCUUUAUUGUUGCCUGAAGCUCGUUACAAACAGGGGACAUUGAAAAUUCUUCCUUGGAAUGAACAGAAACAUCGUGAAGAAGACUGGUGUGAAAAAGCAGAAUGCAGGAUGAUUGUUGAACCAACCUUACAAGAUGAAGGUGAAUUUCUGUAUGAAACACAACCUGAGUUACUGAAGUACAGGACUACAGACCUUUCAGUAGAUCUCGUUACCGAUUGGUAUUUGAGCAGAGCACAGGAAAUUGAAAAAUAUGCCAUGCAG